CACUCUCGGAGGCCAGUUUUUUUUCCUCCUCCAUCUGAAAAGUGGGGGAUGGUGAUGAAGCCGUUCUGUACCUACUUUGCUUUCUUUUUUUAACGUCUUGAAGUCGUUUUAUAGUUAAUAUAUAGUUUGUGUUUGUUUUUUUUUGGUCGUUUUCUCUUAUUUUACGCACCGAAAUGAAGACCGCGCGUGGCUUUUGCUUUGGAAUGGAAAGCUGUAAUUGUGGAACAUAAUAAAGAAGGAGAAAAGAAGAAGAAGAAGAAACUAGUGGAAGUUGUGGGGACAAAAAAAAAAAAAAAAAUCCGCUAUUAUGUGACCGAUCCUCAAAACAUGAGUUCGGAUUCGAUCUCGGAAACCCUUUUGAUCGCAGAUAGCUUUCACUGGCACGGAUAAAAUCAUCCAGGGGGGAAAAAAAGGAGUACAUUUUUUUUAUCAGUAUUUUUUAUAAUACUUGUCGCUCUCCAAAAUGUCUUCCAGCUCCAUUGUUGGGAUGCUUUGGGUUUGGGUUGGCACCGUGAUGGUGAGCCAGGCCAUGAUGUUACACAAAAAUGACACGAUGUUCAAUGAUUUUUGCAAGAAAACGACGACUUGUGAGGUUUUGAAGUACAAUACGUGUCUCGGGUCGCCUUUGCCGUACACGCACACGUCUCUGGUGCUGGCUGAAGACUCUGAGACGCAAGAAGAAGCUUUCGAGAAGUUGGUCAUGUGGUCUGGUUUGAGAAAUGCUCCUCGAUGCUGGGCGGUCAUUCAGCCUUUACUGUGUGCUGUUUACAUGCCCAAGUGUGAGAACGGCAAAGUGGAGCUGCCCAGCCAGACCCUGUGCCAGGCGACCCGCCGACCCUGCAGCAUAGUGGAGCAGGAGCGAGGCUGGCCCAACUUCCUGAAGUGUGAGAACACGGAUAAGUUUCCCAUCGGUUGCCAGAACGAGGUACAGAAAAUCAAAUUCAAUACGUCAGGACAGUGCGAGGCUCCUCUGGUGAAAACCGACAUCCAAGCCAGCUGGUACAAGGACGUGGAGGGCUGCGGGAUUCAGUGUGACAAUCCGCUCUUCACGGAGGAGGAACACUCCGACAUGCACGGAUACAUCGCUGCCUUCGGAUCCGUCACCCUGCUGUUCACUUUCUUUACACUGGCGACGUUUCUUGCCGACUGGAAAAAUUCCAACCGCUACCCGGCCGUAAUCCUGUUCUACGUCAAUGCCUGCUUCUUUGUGGGUAGUAUCGGGUGGCUCGCCCAGUUCAUGGACGGCGCUCGCAAAGAGAUCGUGUGCAAAAGUGACAAUACCAUGCGGCUCGGAGAGCCCUCGUCGACAGAGACACUUUCAUGUGUUAUCAUCUUCAUCAUCGUGUACUACUCCUUGAUGUCAGGGGUCAUAUGGUUUGUUAUGCUGACCUACGCCUGGCAUACAUCUUUCAAAGCCCUGGGCACUACGCAUCAACCUCUGUCUGGAAAGACGUCCUACUUCCACCUGGUCACAUGGUCCAUUCCGUUUAUCCUUACAGUGGCUAUACUGGCUAUCGCAGAGGUCGAUGGAGACUCUGUUAGUGGAAUCUGCUUCGUCGGGUACAAAAACUACAGAUAUCGCGCUGGGUUUGUUCUGGCUCCAAUCGGCGUGGUGCUCGUUAUCGGUGGCUAUUUCCUUGUAAGAGGAGUCAUGACGUUAUUCUCCAUCAAAAGCAACCACCCAGGACUGCUGAGUGAAAAAGCGGCAAGUAAAAUCAACGCGACCAUGCUGAGACUGGGUAUAUUUGGUUUUCUAGCUUUUUGUUUUGUUUUCAUCACUUUUGGAUGCCAUUUCUACGACUUCUUCAACCAGGCCGAGUGGGAAAGGAGCUUCCGGGAAUUUGUGCUAUGUGAAGCUAAUGUGACUAUAGCUCAGCAGACCAAUAAGAAGGUCCCGGAAUGCGCCAUCAAAAACCGGCCCAGUCUGAUGGUGGAGAAGAUCAAUCUGUUCUCUAUGUUCGGUACCGGCAUUGCCAUGAGCACAUGGGUGUGGACCAAAGCCACGAUUCUCAUAUGGAAGCGCACCUGGUGUAGGAUAAUUGGACGGAGUGACGAUGAGCCGAAGCGCAUCAAGAAGAGCAAGAUGAUAGCCAAAGCGUUCUCCAAGAGGAAGGAACUCCAAAUGGACCCGGAAAAAGAAUUGUCCUUCAGCAUGCACACAGUCUCCCAUGAAGGUCCUGUGGCGGGUAUUAACUUCGAUCUGAACGAGCCGUCCAUGGAAAUGUCCUCUGCUUGGGCUCAGCACGUGACAAAGAUGGUGGCACGAAGAGGGGCCAUUUUACCUCAGGACAUCUCGGUUACUCCCACCGGAACACCUGUGCCACCUCCAGAAGAACGAAACAAACUAUGGAUGGUCGAAGCUGAUAUAUCUCCCGAGAUGAUGAAACGUAAGAAGAAAAAGAAGAAGAGGAAGAAGGAGGUGCGUACAGUAGCGCCUGCUGUAGAGGAUGUUAAUGCCCGGCACAGAGAGUUGGGUCCCAGCGCUGUCCCUCGCCUCCCCAAGCUCCCAGCGCAUCGCAGUCUCGUGGCUAACCUGUGGGAGCGGCAACGGCAGCAAGAGGAGAACGUCCUCCCGGGCUCCUUCCCAGAAUUCCGUCCUUCCUGUCCCAUCCCUUACCAUGAGAGAUACGGAGGGCUUGGCCAUGUUUCAUCCAGUCAGCACAGCAGGGAGCCUGGCUUUAACCUCGCCAACCCACUGACGCUAAACCAGUAUGAGGGACGAGGCCAGUUUAAACAAACGGCCUGGCACUCUAAUGGAUCUACCGGAGUGUUUAUCUAUUCAGGGCAGGGGAUGCCUUCGACUGUGGGUGGUGGCAGGACAGGCUUUACAACACCUCGGUCAGAGGGCAAGAAACCGGUAAUCGCGCCAAUUCACUCCAGAACCAACCUCAUGGAGGCAGAACUGAUGGACGCUGACUCUGAUUUUUGACUUUGUCCUGAAUUUUGUUACUUGGUCCAAAAGUGCUGGAUACUUUGCACCACAUAUUGAUAGAAACAUGUUAGACAGGGUUCCUGUCACUGGUCUGUGGGGCAUGUUUGUGUGGUGAGCGCCAUAACUCUUUCUUUAAUGUUACGAUAGAUUAGGCACAGACUAGUUCGGUCUGAUUGUCACCGUAAAUUUUGCCGUCAGUUAUGCUAAGCUAUAAACGUCUCUGACGCACAUUGACCUUCAAAUUGCGUAACCUCUGCGUAAACUGUGCGUCGGCGUUUGGAGAGAUGAAGCCGACAAAGCUGACUCAAACAAACAAAUACCCCUAAGGUACAAGAAGUGUCAUUGAAAGUGUUGUUAACUUUAAUUCGACAUGGUCAUAUUAUUAGGAAGGUUGUUGUUGGUGUGAAUUGCUUGGCAUCUUUGGAAAUCUGCACAAGUAAAACAGCUAGUUGUAGGGUUGCAUACAGGGUACCUUGGGCAAGUUUUGCUUAAGCAGCAUGAAAGGACAAGGUACCACCCAUUAAAAACAUAGUAUGCAACAAACAUGGCUGCUGUGUUACAUUUACGUUUGCUCAUUCGGAUGAAGCUUUUCUCCGAAGUGACUUUCAAUCAGACUUUUGAAUCAGUAGCCCAAAGCCUUAACCACUGAGCCACCAAUUUCCCUGCAUGUCUCAUUCGCAUUGGUUUUCUUGUGCCAGUGUCGAACUGUAUGGAAAUUCAAACAUUACGUAAUGAAUCUCUCAUGAGAUACACCACAAACAAGACGGGACAAGACGGUUUCUCAGACCAGGCUCUCGAAGUUAUGGAACUGAUCUAAACAAACGCUAGUGUUAGUACUUUGUUACAAAGAGAAAGUGUAUUCAUAAAUAUUAUUAUUAUCAGUACUUUCAUAUGAAGUUGCCUGGUGCAAUUACAAUUACGAAGUUUCAUCGUAGACGUAGGCUAUGUCAAAGCGAGGGCAUUUUUUUUUUUAAUGAACUGACUGUAAAGAAGCUGAAAAUGUUGUGUGUGUUUUGUUGUUUGCUUCCGUUUAAAAGGAUCGCUGUACAGUUCUAUCAAAAAGGCUAUUUUUGUACUUUAGCUUUGUAGUUUACCCGUAUCGUAAACCCUUGUACAUAUUUCCGAUUCACGUUGUGUUAAUUUUUGCAUUUUAUUUGUCAAGUUUUCUGACUUGACAAGCUUGGUAUUUGUAAUUAUUGAUUUGUUUUAUUUUUUGGAUUUGAAUUUUGCACUUUUAAAUUAGACGUGGUUUUGAUUUUAAAUUUCGUAUGAAGCUUUAUAAUUUAACGCAAUUUGUAUUCCAUCAUUUGAAUGGUUACAUAACUGAGUAAUACUGAAUAGGUUUACCAUUACAAUUCAUUUAAAAUUUAAACCUUUGUAACCAGAUUUAAUUCUAAAUUCUAUACAACCCAAGGAGAGGUUCAGGCAUUGGCUCUCAUGGAUCAGUCUCUACAUCUUCAUCUGAACAUCAAUCUAUAUUCAGCUCGUUAAAUGAGAUUUUUUUUAUUAGCGCUUCACGAUGGACCUGAAUUUGAUUAAACAUCUGAAGAACUGAAAUUCAAUUGGCUAUAACUAAAAACCAAAACUUCAUAUGUAACUUCAAGUUAAAACCUUAAAAUUGAGAGGUACAAAAUUCAAAUCCUGGUGGCACAAAUGUCUUGCAGUAUGUAAUAUAGAAAGAAUUGUAGUAUAUUGUCCUGUCCUUACUAACUGUCCUGUCAAUACGACAACACACUGUGCUGUAUUUUCACCUCAACGAAUUCCUGGCGUAGACGAUAUAGUCGAGUUUUGUGAUAGAUGAAUAUUGAUUGCUGCGACAAUUUACCAUUUCUGAGAUCAGUAAAAUAAGCUUUCUGGAUGAAGAACACGAAUUUGUAUUUGUUAUUUGUAUACAUAUCUAUAAGAGAUAUACAUACAGGUAAACAAAAAAUGUCUAGUUCUUUAUGAAUACAAUAAGGUAUAUUCAUGUACAAAAAGUAACCUAAUAAAGCCUUACUUUCCACCAAAUAUUUAGAAAAAUAUUACUGAACACUAGACAGCAUGAGAAGAUAUUUUCCACAUGUCUAUACCUGAUGAAACACGAUUACUGACAUGUGACAAGUAGCGCAUUCUCUUAGCUCUUGAUGGUUCUGUACUGUAAUUGUUAUUAGUGCUAUUGUUAGUGCUACAUGGUUUUAAUAUCAAGAUGUAAACUCUCUGAAUGGUUUAACUGGUGAAUGCGACCCAUUCUAGUUGUAUAUGUUGUUUUUGUAAUUAACAACUGUCGUAUUAACCUCUACAGUGUUCCUGUAGUGAGAGAAUGGUGGAGAGAAAUGGCAAAAAAUGGGUCCAUUAUGAACUGGAUAUUCAUUAGAUCUGAAACUGAAUCUAGUUUCCAAUACGAAGGACAGUCAUAUUUUAUUUUUUAUUUUUUUCAGUGUUUAAGAUCACCUCCAGCCACCAGAAGAUACGGUUCAUAAAUCCUCCGGUUUGUAAAGUACUGUUUGACUGAAUAUGUGAUUUCUUUUAAAGCUUUCCCACACGGUAUAGCCUUAUGUUAAAUUAUGAUUUUCAGUUUAUAGCCUACUUCGAAAGUUGUAUUUUGUGCAUUCGUUUAUAACAAUAAACAAAAUAUAUUUGACACUA